UCCAAACUUCCUUACAUCAACUCAGGAAUUGGCCGUUGCUCGACUACUGAUUACACAAAAUGAGUGGCCUAAGGAUAUUGGUGCCCGUCAAGCGCGUUAUCGACUAUGCGAUCAAACCCCGCAUCAACAAAGCCCAGACCGGUGUCGAAACCGCUGGUGUCAAGCAUUCUCUGAACCCAUUUGACGAGCUCUCAAUCGAAGAGGCCGUCCGCCUUCGCGAGCGCAAGGGCCCCAUUAAGGUCGAAGAUAUCCUCGCACUUUCCGCCGGUGGCCCGAAAUGUCCUGACGUCCUCCGCACCGCCAUGGCCAUGGGCGCUGAUCGAGCCUUCCACAUUGACGUACCGGAGAAGGGCGACGGUGGCCCGGAGCCACUGACCAUCGCCAAGAUGCUGCAGGCCGUUGUUAAGGAGCAGAAUGUGAACCUCGUGCUGCUGGGUAAGCAGGCUAUUGACGGUGACCAGGGUCAGACUGGUCAGAUGCUUGCUGGUCUUCUUGGGUGGCCCCAGGCUACGCAGGCCAGCAAAGUUGACAUUAAGGACGAGGCUGGUACCGUUGAGAUUACCCACGAGGUUGAUGGUGGGGUUGAAACGCUCCGCGCCAAGCUGCCCAUGGUUAUUACUACGGAUCUGCGGUUGAACGAGCCUCGGUACGCCAGCUUGCCCAACAUUAUGAAGGCCAAGAAGAAGCCCCUUGAGAAGAAGACUCUUGCCGAUCUCGGUGUCGAAGACACACGGCGGUUGAAGACUCUGAAGGUUACAGAACCCGCGCCACGAAAGGGUGGUGGCAAGGUCGAGGAUGUCGAUGGCCUUGUCUCCAAGCUUAAGGAGCUGGGUGCGUUGUAAAUGCGCUAAGAUUGUUCUUGAUUACCCUGUGUUUCUAUACCAUCGCCUUUGAAAUGUUACCCACUAGGUUUGGAUUCGUC